CGCCUCGCCUGUCUCCUUGACACACCCUUAGCUAUUGUUGGCACAGUAUGCGCGCCACAACCUUGACAUUCCCACACGCGCGUUCAGUUGCACGGUGAAAUCUUGUUCUGCGUGGAUGCAUCAUCCUUCUCAGGAAAAAGGAAACCAGGGCGAGCGGCUACUGCGGAUAACAGAGUACAAAGUGCAGGUAAACACACACGCACGGCCAUCGCGCAUCCCCAUGUAGAUGCCCACGGUACCGAACGCGCAGACACACUCCGCUUAUCCACCUGUAAUGACAGAUCGCUGCUCAAAGCCGUGCAUUGUCCCGGGAAACGGCGAGGAAAGUACGCUUCAUGUGAGAGAUGACUGAGUGAGUUGCGCGGAUGUUGGAGACAUGGAGAAACGGGCUCUCAUAACGGCGAUCAGCUUGUCCAUGAGCCUGCUGGCGCUCAUGCUGCUGGUCACGGCGAUCUUUACCGACCACUGGUACGAAACCGACACCAGGAGACACAAGGAGAACUGCGACCAAUACGGGUCGGAGUCCAACGACCAAAAGAACAGGGAGAUGCCCAUCUAUCACCUGCCUCUGGUGGACAGCGGCAACGCAAAGCGCAACCUGGCUCUCAUGAAGCCCAUACAUGUAGGGAGUCGAGAGGAGGAACUGUUGGAGAACUGGAGGGCGAUUUUGGGCAUGGGCAUUUUGGAGACGGAGUGCGGGCGCCCGCUUUUCUCCACCUACUCUGGACUUUGGAGGAAAUGCUACUUCGAGGGAAUGGACAGGGAUAUUGACAAACUCAUUUCGAGGGGUAUUGCAGACCGAUGCACAUCUGUCAAGUACCAUUUCUCCCAACCCAUUAAACUCAGGAACAUCCCUCUCAACCUGACAAGGACCAUACAGCAGGACGAGUGGCACCUCUUACAUCUGCGGCGCAUCACGGCGGGGUUCUUGGGCAUGGCUGCUGCCGUGAUGCUGUGUGGAAGCAUCGUGGCCGCCGUGGGAUUUUUCUGGGAGGAGAGCCUCACCCAGCAUGUGUCUGGACUCCUGUUCCUUAUGGCAGGAAUCUUUUGCACAAUCUCACUGUGCACCUACGCAGCCAGCGUCUCAUACGACCUAUCCAGGAACCCUCCCUUCAUCUACGGUCUGCCCAGCGACGUAGACCAUGGCUACGGAUGGUCCAUCUUUUGUGCAUGGGUCAGUCUGGGCCUAACAGUGGCGUCAGGUUACAUCUGCACAACUUAUCCCUUCCUGAGCCGCACAAAGGCUCUUCGUUCUAAAACGGCGAGGGAGUCGUCUGUAUGAGCGCCUUCUGGUGGCCUGGACGACUCGGCAAAACAUUAAUCAGCACUUGGCGCUUUAAUACAACAACUCAAGUGGGACUCCACGCUGUAUGGAGCGGUUUCGAAUGUCUUGUAGAUUUCCGAUACCUUCGUUGGGCUUGAGAUGUAUUGGUGUUAUACAGAACAACUGUUGCAUUUCCUGUGUGUCUCCUACACACAUUUGCUUACAACUCACACAUGUAAAAAAAAAAAGAAAAUACACAUAAAUAUACAGUAUGUGUGAAUAUAAUGAACAAAACCUUUGAUUUGAAAUGGGUAUGUGUACGUUUGUGGGUCGUUGUGAUGCAA